AUGACAUUCGUUAAAAAAGAUUCUAAUGACCAAAAACGACGAAUUGAAGACGAAUUGAAGACGGAUACCAAGUCUUUGCAAUUGGAAAGGUCCUUGAAUAUCACUUCUGAAAUCUUGAUGUUCUCAAAUACUUUCACCGGAAUCGGUACAUCCCGUGAAACGGCACAAGAUCUUCCAUUUCGUCCUCUGGUGCGAAUAAAGGAACAGCUCUAG